GUCACUUCCGGGUCACGCGACUUGCGUCAAACGAAAACAUCCAACAUUGGAUUGGACAUCCAAAAACGGAUAAACAAAACCUAUCCGUUUUGUUUUCUUCCAUUUUUCGUUUGAGCACAAAAUCGGAAAUAGGAAAACGCGUCGUUAUCCGUUUUGGAAACGAAUAUUGAGAACACAAGUGAUUUUUGUUUUGGUUUCCUUUUUUUGGUUUUAUUUUGAAAAACGAACGAACGAACGAGACGCGGAUUCGAUAGGUGCGCAGAUUCGACUGAAUUUGAUAGAACGGUGCCACGCAGGUGAAGCUCAAGGCGGGCUGCUACUGCGGUAACAUGGUGACAUAUCACAGGUCGUGAUACUGGGAACAUGAAUACAUUCACGUGUGAUGUCUCUGGAAAUGGAAGCGGGGUUGUCAGAAAGCACGUUAGCCCAGGAGCGAGUACUGGAACAACGGACAGAGAUCCUGCAUGCACUGUGCAGCAGCGGGUCAGCCGAGCGUCUGGAAAGACUUCUGGACGUACUGCUGGCCCGCGGCGAGCUCGUGUGGGAGGACUACCAGAACAUCCAAGUCCCGGGUAGAGCACUGUAUGCCAGUGCCAGACAGCUGCUCGACCUGGUCUACACAAAAGGCGUGGACACCUGUGAGGCUCUGCUCAGCGCUCUUAAACAGGUCCUGCCAGAAGUGCACGGCGGUGGUCUCUCCUUCUCGGGAUGUUGUAUGAAUCCAGAAAAAGAAGGAGUAUCUCGGAGCACAGCUACUCAGACCCUUCUAACUCACAGACCAGACCUCGUCAGCGAGCUGCAAGGCUGCAUCGAGGGAACUCUGGACGCUUUGGUUGUGUCUGGAAACUUCACUUCAGGGGACUGCGAUGACGUACGGCUUCCUACACGCACCCCCUCUCAGCAGGCAAGGCGUCUGCUGGAUCAUGUCAGAUCAAAAGGCGAGUCAGCGGCAAAGGUGGUACUGCAUUACAUUCAGCAAACGCAGACAUCUGGAUCCUCAUUGACCAAAGAUAAAGUGUCUCCUCCAGAAGAGUUCUUAAAGUAUCAGAAGAAGCUGAGGAGCUCUGUGUCUGCCCAGUCCUGUUUCCUCAGUACUUAUGGAGGGAUCAGCCACAUGUCCUUGGAUGACAUCUACACCGAAGGCCAGCUGGAACUGGCUCACGACUGUGCCAAUGGACUUUUGGGCCUGGAAGACAUAGUUGGUACAGCAGGUACAGUGAAUGAGGAGGCUGACACAGUGCUCGUGUCUGGGGAGGCGGGCAGUGGGAAGAGCACACUUCUCCAAAAGCUGCAUUUGCUUUGGGCUCGUGGCGCAGCCCUCCAGGAUUUUCUGUUUCUGUUCCCAUUCAGCUGUCGGAGGCUGAAUUCAGAGCACAUGGAAUUGUCUGCCCAAGAGUUGCUUUUUCAGCACUGCUGCUGGCCAGACAGGGAGCAGGAAGAGAUUUUCCAGUUCAUCCUGGACCAUCCACAUCUCACCCUCUUCACUUUUGAUGGCCUGGAUGAGCUCAAGCAGAGGUUUUCAGACGAGAACAGGCUCUGCUGCCCCACCCAGCGUGCACCUGUUCACACGUUAUUAUUCAACUUACUCCAAGGUUCGCUAAUGAAGGGGGUGUUGAAAGUGACGACGAGCCGUUCAGAGGCGGUGGGGCCAGUGUUGAGGAGACACCUUCGCAAAGAGGUCCUUUUGAAAGGUUUUUCCCCAAGUGGGAUUGACUGUUUUGUGAAGAAGCAUCACAGUGAUCCCACCAUGGCUGCUAAGGUUUUGGAGUCCCUACAGACAAACAAUGCUUUGCUUGGACUGUGUCACAGUCCAGUCCUCUGCUGGAUUGUCUCACAGUGCCAUAAGGAGCUGCUAGGCUGUGGAGAGGGCAGUCUACAAACAAUCACAGAUGUUUACCUGAUGAUCUUACAGCACUUUUUACAGCACCAAAGCCCGCUGAAGAGUGCCAUGGGGUUAGGUUGGCUUCAUGACCACCUACAGUCAGUCUUGCAUAUAGGACAGCUUGCCUUUGAUGGGAUAGGAACCUCCUGUUAUAUCUUCUCAUCUACAGACCUGAAGACAUGUGGUGUAGAUGAAAAGGAUAUUUGUAUGGGCUUUCUCAUUCAAAGCAAGGAAAUGUCCUCCACCCACGGUAAACGCUAUGAAUUCCUUCAUGUGACGAUGCAGUGUUUCUUUGCUGCUCUUUACAUUGUUUUGUCGAGUGACACUGACCGUUCAACCAUUCUCAAGAUCUUUGAGCUUCGGGACAUGAGAGAGACAAGUCAGAGUGGCAAAUGUUUCAGGGCUUGCUUGCCAAGCACUAUCCAACAAGAGCCGAUCCUAGCAGGGGAAGAUACAGUAGCUGAAAGACCAAAUCUGCAAAUCACAGCCACCUUUGUGUCUGGACUACUGUCCCAGCGCCAUCGAAGCCUGUGGGUCGAUUGCUGCCCCAGUGCUAUGAUUGAAAAGAAGAUCAAACAUGUUUCAAGAUGCCUGUCUAAAGGCAUGCAGAAACACUUUAAGUCUAUCCCUCAACCUGUAGCAGGGGAGAAGAAGAGCAUGCAUGCAAUGCCAGACUUUGUCUGGCUUAUCAAAUGCAUCUAUGAGAUGCAGGAGAGCAGAAUUGCUCAAAAUGCUAUAGGUAAGCUAGACGUGGACCACCUGAAACUUACCUAUUGUAACAUUGGUCCUGUAGAGUGCACUGCCCUAGCCUAUGUGCUCCAGCAUUUGAGAAAGCCUGUGGGCCUCCAGCUGGACAACAACUCUGUAGGCGAUGUUGGAGUGGAGCAGCUUCUUCCCUGCAUGCACAUCUGUAAUUCUCUUUACCUCAGAAAUAACAACAUUACAGAUCAGGGCAUCUGCAAACUGAUUUCUAAAGUUAUCCAGUGUGACAACUUCCAGAAAAUUGCGCUCUUCAACAACAAGUUAACUGAUGCUUGCACUCAGCACUUUUCUCAUCUUCUGAAGACCAGGCAGGAUUUCCUCUCUCUAAGGCUUGGUAACAAUAAUAUAACCGCAGAAGGAGCAAAGCAGCUGGCAGAAGGGCUGAAAGUCAAUCAAUCACUGAGGUUUUUAGGACUUUGGGGCAAUAAGAUAGGUGAUGCAGGAGCAGACGCCCUGGCUAGUGCACUACAGAACAGUAAAUCACUGUUGUGGCUUAGCCUGGUAGGUAAUGGUGUAGGAAAUGCAGGAGCAUGUGCCCUCGCCAACAUUAUCAAGAACAGCCCGUCACUGGAAGAGCUUUGGCUGACAGAAAACUGCAUUACCAGAACAGGAGUGGAAUGUCUGAUUCAAGCCCUAAAGCACAAUAUUCACGUGAAAUCAGUAUGGUAUGUGAUGUACACCGAGCCAUACACUCACAAAUACAAAGGUUGAGAAACAAUGACCUCAGUUUGGGAGAGGUACAGGAGAUGACACAACUGGAAUCAAGACUGGUUUUCUGAUUUCGCAUAAAGAUUGAUUUGAUUUGACCGGAUCUAAAUAUAUCAAUUACAAAAAAGUAAAACAAAAAUAUUUUCCAUGACAAAAAUCUCCAGUCAACAUAAAUCUUGUACAUACAUUAUUUGGGUUUCGAGAAGGGAAAGAAAGAAGCAGAAGCUAAUCUGGUCCUGCCCCCUUUUUACAGCUUCAAAGUUGACCUAGGACUGCGUUUUGCUUUGAGAAAUGUUUCUAUUUUAUUAUAGGGAAUAUUUUAUAUUAAAAUGUGAAACAUA